AUGCCAGAUGCCGAUGGAGAGGCGCUCGAAGCCGUGGACAUGCCGCAGGUUGAUCAUAUCCCUGACGCCGUCGUGGAUUUUGAUGGCGUGCCUAGACAAUACGAUGAACUACCGGUUGAAGAAGACGAGUUCCUGCAGGAACUGACCAAAUCCGGGGCGUAUCAAGCACAUCUACACCGGCUCGAGCAUGAAGGCUGGAACGUUCGACCCGAGAAUGAAGGGGUCAAUAAAACAACUCCUAAGGACUCGGAGGAAGGAGCAGCAGCGAGCGCCAUCGCGGUGAUCGAACUCGCCGCAAAGGUUUGCGCCCUCUGCCUUCAGUACUCUCUCGCCGUUAAGAACGCCAAGCAGGACAUGGAACGGUUUCGGCAGCAAAUUGAAGCCUUGAAGACGAUCGCCGAAGGUGCGCAGCAGCUUCUACGAGGUCCAGAUGGCGCUCGACUCGAGACUUCGCAAAAUCUGCGCAACGCUCUCGCAAACACCCAUUCGCAGCUCGAUCCUAUUCGCACGAAGCUAGAAGAGAAGCUGAACACGGGUCGUAGGGGUCAAAUAAUGAGACGCGUAGGUCUGCGCGCUUUGACAUGGCCGUUCGAGACCAAGGAUAUCGACAAAAUCAUCACCAAGCUCCAGCGGGACCAGGAUACUAUUUCCGCCGCCCUACAGAGACGUAAGCGGAUCUCUCAAGAUCAACCAGACGCUUACACUUAUCAGCCCCUACCCGACGGGACCAUCCGAAUUUUGACGCUAUGGGGCGGAAAUCCCGACGACCCGCUUACGGGGGUGCUCGAGCUCGUUGCCGUCGACGAUGCCGGGGCUUACGAGCCUCUCUCGUACGUUUGGGGAGAUAAAACGCUCACGCACGAGAUACGCCUGCCCGACGCAGAGCUCCGCAUCACAUCGAGCUUAUACCACGCCCUGCGACGGCUCCGAUUGCAAACGGGGCCGCGGCGCGUGUGGGCCGACCAGAUCUGCAUCGACCAAGGCAAUAAGGCAGAGAGGUCGCAACAGGUGCAGUUUAUGAACCGGAUUUACCGUACCGGGAGCAGCAUACAGGUCUGGCUCGGCCUCGACGACCAGCAUCAGGCGGAAGAGGCUUUCGGCUUUGUGCGAGAGCUGGCCGGGCUCCUCGCCGAUAAGAAGCAUCCUAUUUUUAGGACUGCCAGCACCGACGAUCUGGCCGAACAAUCGGCCUGGAAACCCCUAAAAAACAUAACGAGUCUCCCAUGGUUCCAACGCGGCUGGGUCGUCCAGGAGAUCGGCACCAAAGCGCCUGCAACCCUGCUUUGGGGGAAAGCAGAAAUGGCCUGGGAAGAGCUGCACUACGUGUGCGAGGAGCUCGCAGAACACCAUCACCUGAGGCUCAAGUUUAAGGUGGCGACGUCGGAGAUCAAGUACCUUUACCGCCGUUUCGUCGAGCCCGAAAAAACUAGCCGGCACGACAACCGCUUCAGCUUUAUCUACGAGCUCCACCGUGCAGGGCACCUAAAGGUCAGCGACCAGCGAGACCGCGUGUUCGCUAUACUGGGCCACUAUUCCAUCCGCGCGGGACGCAACAGCGAGCUGAAGGCGCUAAAGGCGGACUAUUCGAGCUCGGUCGAAAAAGUUUACACCAACGUUGCCGUGAGAGCCCUGAUCGGGGACGGCGAGUCUCUCAUCACCCUUGGGGCCGUGCAGCAUACGAAACUCUCUUCCGCGGCUGAAACUCCGCAGGGGCAAGCCGGGCAUACGCUGCCGUCGUGGGCGCCGGACUGGAGAACCCACCACGGACAUAUCAUGUCGGAACCCACCAGCCCUCACCGCGCCUGCGGCCCGACGAAGCCCAGUCUGAACAUCUACGAUUCAAAGGUGCUCGAAAUUCGCGGGAUAGAGAUGGACCGGAUCGAGGCCUGCUCCGGCCUGCUGCAAAAGGGGGCGUUUCACGGCCGGAAAGCCGCCGAAGGGGACAGGGCGCGGGCCGCAGUCGAGGUCCUAUGGACGGACAUCUGCGGGAAGACAAACGGCUUUGAUAUCAGCGACGAGUAUGCCGGCGGGGGAAUGGGGACCAGCAGCUUUUUCGCCUAUACUCAAACGCUAAGCAAUGGCUGCAUGGCCCUUUAUUGGCAGGACCACGCCCUCGAGGAUUACGGCGCCGUCCCUCAGGGGAAAUGGCUCGCGCACGCCGCCGCCUACCUCACCACCGUGGUGGACAGGGCGGCCAUCUCUCCCGAGCUCCGCUUGCUGGCCGAUCAGGGAGACGCCCAGAAAUGGGGCCGUGCGGCGACCGGCGCGUCGAGCGAGCGAAAGUUUGCCCGGACUACCAAGGGGUACUAUGUGAUGGGGCCGGGGGUCAUGGAGAAGGGCGACGUUGUCUGCGUGCUCUUCGGCGGGAAAAUGCCGUUUUGUCUCCGCCCCCUUCCAGGCUCUCAGCACUACUUGCUGGUUGGAGAGUGCUAUAUCCACGGGCUUAUGAAUGGGGAGGCUGUGGACAUGCUUAACAGGGGAAAAGCUCGCGAGGAGGUAUUCAAGGUUGUUUAA